CCAGGGGUAAAGUGUUUCACAAAAUCCAAUUUAUUUCACCCUAGAAAAUGAUGUCCUCAAUUCAAUAUUUAUAGCAUUAAAUUCUUAAUAGUUGAAAUAAUGAGAGCCCUUGUCGUUUCAAUAUGGGUCUUCAUAAAUUUAGUGUUCUUUGGCAUGUGUGGCUACAUGUACCUAUUAUGGUCUCAGUAUUGGAUGUACAUGGAGAGACAGACAGAAACAACGACUUCAACUUAUGAUCAACAAAUCUACUUCUACAACAGAGGUUACUACCCAAGUGACAAUACAAACAAUAACAAAUCUCAUAAUUUAUCAGAAACGAAACUGAGGACGAAGCAUUCAGCAAACAGAGAAAACGUCUCAAUCCUUAUCAAGAACAGCAAACCUAGGUUUCCAAAUCUACAACCCAAAGAGUUUGCAAUCGAUACCAAAAAGUACCAGUGCUGGCAAAAUGAUAGUGCAAAUGACUGUGAUAAAAAAACAGCAACGUAUAAGGAAGACCUAAUAAAAGAACUAAGAAAAGUGUUCACUGAUGAGAGUAAUAUUUUGAAAAUGGGCACUGAAAAUCAGUAUAAUGUGCACUAUGAAGGUGAAAGAGGAAAUUUUAUGAAUAAAUCGCCUAAAGAGGUAUUAUGUCAGUUAAGGACGGUUUCACUAAAUACUUUGACCAGAAGUGAUAUUAUGUUCCAUCCGGUGAAAGAAUACAUUCCUAAACGGGGCUUUUUUGAAAAUAAGCGGUUUAAUAGUUGCGCUAUAGUUGCCAGUGCUGGGUCCCUGAAAGAUUCCAAUUUAGGCUCACUGAUAGAUUCCCACGACUUGGUGUUACGAUUCAACCACGCUCCAACUAAGGGCUUCGAGAAAGACGUGGGCAAGAAAACCACCGUCAGAGUCCUGAACUCCCAGGUUGUAACCAAACACGAAUUCAAGUUCCUCACGUCAAACUUAUAUAAAAACACGACACUGGUAGCAUGGGACCCCAGCAAUUAUUCCUCUUCAAUAAGCGAAUGGCUGGAAAAACCCGAAUUCAACCUGCUUCCUAACUACAUGGAGUACAGGAAGAGGGACCUCAAAUCUAGGUUUUUCUUGCUGAAUCCGAAGUCUAUAUGGGAUGUGUGGGAUUUUCUUCAGGGCAAUUCGCCUAGUAGGCUUAGGAGGAAUCCCCCAUCGUCUGGGUUUUUAGGUCUCAGAUUGCUCCUACCCUACUGCAACUUUGUGGACAUGUUCGAGUACAUACCCUCCACAAGAGUGACCAAGAGAUGUCACUACUACGAUCCGGAGGAAAACCUUGCUUGUACUUUCGGCGUGUGGCAUCCUCUGGCGGCAGAGAAACUCCUAGCGUAUUACGUCAACUCCGCCGAUGAUAAGACCGUUUUUCAGCAUGGUUUCGUUAGAGUUCCAGGUUUCAGAAACCUGAAUUGUUAACGUAAUUCGACAAGAAGUAGUCUGUUGAAUUUAAUAAUCAAAAGUGAAGUACUUAAUUUUUGUAAUGAGCCGAAAAUGCUUAUACAUUUGUUUAAUACGGAUAUUAGUUCAAAAUGUACAAAUAGUAAUAAAUAUUUUAAUGUUUUUUUUUACUGAAAUUGAGGAAGAUUACAAUUGUUUUCAUUUCAAGUCUGUGAUAUUUUACAAGCAUAGUUUAUUUUGUUUCGAAAUUAUGAGAUACCAUAAUUUUUUAUAAAAAAUUAUUAUGCUUUCAAAAAAGUUCCUAGAGACUGUUUGGGAAUAUUUUUUGUGCUAUUCCGAGAUAUUAUAGGUUGUAACUUAUUUCAAUGUCGAUUGAAACUAUGCACUUUUAUUAUAGUUCGAAUACUGCUGUAGCAUGAUCUAGUAAAUUUAUAUAGAAAUUUGUGGUCCAUAUGAUCAACUUAAAGAUU